AUGAAGGAUCCCGUCCAUAGAACUUCUUCUCCCUACACUGAUCCAGCAGUAAAAGGCCCCAAGUCGCAGAUUCUCCACGAAGGAACCCAGGCAGAUUUACGCAAAAUGAUCGCUAGCAACGUCAACAAGACCCCUCUCCACCCCAGUGGUGUUGCUCCCCACCAGGAGCAUACCGAGCUCGAGGAGGAGCUCCACGAGACCGCACACAUUGAUUACGAUCGAGUUGCCAUUAUUCCCAACGCCUCCGUUCCCGCUCUCUACGAAGAUGCCCUCGUCUACGAGACCGGUUCCGCCAUCACAUCAAGCGGUGCCUUGACUGCCUACUCAGGAAAGAAGACCGGUCGCUCCCCUCUCGACAAGCGAAUUGUCGAGGAAGACAGUUCCAAGAACGAUAUCUGGUGGGGUCCCGUUAACAAGCCCAUGUCACCCGAGGUCUGGAAGAUCAACCGCGAGCGUGCCAUCGACUACCUCAACACGAGAAAUCGCAUUUACGUCGUUGACGGUUACGCCGGCUGGGAUGAGAAGUACCGCAUUCGCGUUCGUGUCAUCUGCGCUCGCGCCUACCAUGCCUUGUUCAUGAGGAACAUGCUCAUCCGCCCUCCCCGCGAGGAGCUCGAGCACUUCCACCCUGAUUAUACUAUCUACAAUGCGGGCUCGUUCCCCGCAAACAGAUACACCGAGGGCAUGACCUCGGGCACCUCAGUCGCCAUCAACUUCGCCGAGAAAGAAAUGGUCAUCCUCGGUACUGAGUAUGCCGGUGAGAUGAAGAAGGGUGUUUUCACUGUCCUCUUCUACGAGAUGCCUAUCAAGCACAAUGUCCUUACCCUGCACUCCUCCGCCAAUGAAGGCAAGAACGGCGACGUCACUCUAUUCUUUGGUCUGUCCGGUACCGGCAAGACCACCUUGUCUGCCGACCCCCAGCGUGCUCUGAUCGGUGACGAUGAGCACUGCUGGAGCGACCGCGGCGUCUUCAACAUUGAGGGCGGCUGCUACGCAAAGACCAUUGGUCUCUCCGCCGAGAAGGAGCCCGAUAUCUACGGCGCUAUCCGCUUCGGCUCCGUACUCGAGAACGUUGUUUUUGACCCCGAGACCCGCGUUGUCGACUACGACGACUGCACCCUUACGGAAAACACCCGUUGCGCCUACCCGAUCGAGUAUAUCAGCAACGCCAAGAUCCCCUGCCGUUCCGACUCGCACCCUACCAACAUCAUCCUCCUCACCUGCGACGCUCGUGGUGUCCUGCCCCCCAUCUCCAAGCUCGAUCGUUCGCAGACGAUGUUCCACUUCAUCUCGGGCUACACCUCCAAGAUGGCUGGCACCGAGGACGGCGUCACCGAGCCCCAAGCUACCUUCUCCUCAUGCUUCGCCCAGCCCUUCCUCGCUCUGCACCCCAUGCGCUACGCCAAGAUGCUCGCCGACAAGAUCGAGCACCACAACGCCAACGCCUGGCUCCUUAACACGGGCUGGGUCGGCGCCGGCGCCGCCCACGGCGGCAAGCGUUGCCCCCUGAAGUACACCCGCGCCAUCCUCGACGCCAUCCACUCCGGCGAGUUGGCCAAGGUCGAGUACGAGAACUACGAAGUCUUCAACCUCCAGGUACCCAAGACCUGCCCCGGCGUUCCCGACGAGCUGCUCAACCCCAAGGCCGCCUGGACCGCCGGCAAUGACAGCUUCGAGACCGAAGUCAAGAAGCUCGGCACUCUUUUCAACGAGAACUUCCAGAAGUACGCCAGCGAGGCAACCGAAGAGGUCGUCAAGGCCGGUCCCGUCGUUUAA